UCUUGCCUUUUGACGCAGGAAGUACGUCACAUUCCUCUUCCGCCGCAGCUCCGGCGCCUGAAACACGAGUGUUCAUCUUUUCUCUCUUCACGGGAGGCGUAGUGAAAAAACUGGACCGAGUGGCUACACUUAGCUGAGAAAAAUGAAACCCAUCCUGCUCCAGGGCCAUGAGAGGUCCAUAACUCAAAUCAAGUACAAUAGAGAAGGAGACCUGCUCUUCUCUGUAGCUAAGGACACGGUAACCAACGUGUGGUACUCUGUCAAUGGUGAGAGGCUUGGCACCUACAAUGGGCACACAGGAGCUGUGUGGUGUGUUGACUGUGACUGGGACACUAAAAACGUAUUAACAGGAUCAGCAGACAACAGCUGUCGACUUUGGGACUGUGAGACCGGUAAACAGCUGGCCCUGCUCAACACCAACUCGGCUGUCAGAACGUGCGGCUUCGACUACAGCGGCAACAUCAUCAUGUUCUCCACAGACAAGCAGAUGGGUUACCAGUGCUUCCUGAACUUCUUUGACCUCAGGGAUCCACAGCAGAUUGAGGACAACCAGCCCUACCUGUCGAUACCUUGCAGUGACCACAAGAUUACCAGUGCUGUGUGGGGACCUCUGGGAGAGUUUGUCAUUGCCGGCCACGAGAACGGAGAGUUCAACCAGUUCAGCGCCAAGUCUGGAGAUGUCCUGAAGAAGGCCAAGGAGCACACCAAGCAGAUCAAUGACAUCCAGACAUCAGUGGAUCUCACUAUGUUCAUCAGUGCCUCCAAGGACAACACUGCCAAGCUGUUUGACUGCGCUUCUCUGGACCACAUCAAGACCUUCAAGACAGAGAGACCUGUCAACUCUGCUGCCAUUUCCCCCAUUAUGGAUCAUGUGGUGAUGGGAGGCGGUCAGGAGGCCAUGGAGGUCACUACUACCUCCACCAGGAUCGGCAAGUUUGAGGCCAGGUUCUUCCAUGCUGCCUAUGAAGAGGAGUUUGGCAGGGUCAAAGGUCAUUUUGGCCCCAUCAACUGUGUGGCAUUCCACCCUGAUGGCAAGAGUUACAGCAGUGGAGGAGAAGAUGGAUACGUAAGAAUUCAUUACUUUGACCCACAGUACUUUGACUUUGAACUGGAGGCAUGAACAGUCAGGCUCCUCGACCCCACAGCUUCAACGGCGCAUUCAAUCCAGUCAGGAAGAAGGAACAACGGACUAACAUGCAUUUACAGUCUGACCACCUCGCCUCCUUCCCUUCAUCUGAACUGAUCUGAAGUCAGGGUCAAAGUUGCAGAGGUCUGCUGCCAGUGAUUAAAUUUGGCCCGAAUACUCCUCACAGAUUACUUCAAAUAAAGGAAAGCAUCUCAGUGAUGAGUGUGGUGUUUUUUAAAGUCAUUUUUCUAACAUCACUUGGAAACUGUCUUGGUGGGAUCAGAAGCAAUUUUUAUACCCUGGAUCUGCAAAGCUAUCGUGACUGGACUUUAAAACCCACGCUGCCUGAUUCCCGAGUCUAUUUAAUCUGAUUCUACGAAUGAGUGGAAUUUGAGUUAUUGAUAUAUUUUCUGUUGUAAGCCAUUCCACCACAAGUCACCAUAAAAUUACUUAUUCAAUUCA